CUCCAUUGUUUUUGUUUUUGUUUCUUUUUGAACAUCUGGAGAGCUCGAUUGCAUGUACGGAAUACGAUGGAUUUAAUUGGACAGGUAAGAGCCAAUCGUCUCAUUGGGAAUUGAAAGGCCCCUCGACCAAUGGCCAAUGGGUUGGUGUGUAAAUGGCCAAGGAUAUAUCAUAGCGCAACGGUGAGACGGGCAUCUGAAACGAUACACGGAGACCCGGCGUACGGAAUACGGACACCUUGCCUGGUUUAUGGCAUUUUCUUCUGCGAUAUUGAUAUUGGUGAAUCUGGCUGUAGAUCGAAACCUCGUUGUUUCCGAGGCUUAUUCGUUGGUCUACGGACUGUUACACACAAGUGACGUUGCUGCCAUACCCCGCGGGCCAGUGGCUGGGCGGCUGAAGCACCUCUCAUAAUCUGUCCUUGUUCGGUUCUGCGAAUAACUAAAUAACCGAAUAACUACUGCUUCGAAGCAUGGUCUCUUCAGUAUUUCUCUUGCUCGGCGCCGUCACGGCCUGGGCGGCGUAUAGCGUCAUCUUCGGGUUGCGAGCCAAUCUUGCAAAGGCACGCAAGACAAAUUUUCCGUGCAUCGCUGUCCCAAUACACCCGCACAAUCGACUAUGGCAGCUCACAUCCUUCAUGUGGUUGCCCUUCCUGAGGCUCCUCCCAAAGUCAUGGUGGGACUACUCGCUAUUCUCCUUGGAGCCGGAGUGGUCGUUCCAUAGCUCCCUCGCGCCGUUCGAGCGCCACGGUGAUACCUUUAUAGUAUGUAGCCCCGGCGGGAUGGUCAUGUUCACCAUGAACGCCGAGGCGAUCCGGCAGUUCACCUCGCGGCGCGAGCACUUCCCCAAGCCGAUGGAGAACUACGAGAUCCUGUCCAUCUUCGGCAAGAACGUGCUCGCGACCGAGGGCCCGCUGUGGCGGAUGCACCGGCGGGUGACGGCGGCGAGCUUCAACGAGCGGAACGCGGCCCACACCUUCGCCGAGGCCGUCAACCAGGCGCAGGGCAUGAUCUCGUCGUGGCUCGGCCCGGACGGCCGGCCCGCGGGGACCAUCGCCUCCCUCGAGCGCGACACCCUGACCCUGGCCCUCAACAUCAUCGGCUACGUCGGCUUCGGCCUGCGCCUGCUGUGGCCCGGCCAGACGCUGCCCGCCGACACGGACCCCCGGCUCGCCAAGUACGGCACCCGCGACCCGCCCCCGGGCCACACCAUGAGCUUCACGGACGCGCUGGCCACGACCCUGGAGAAGCUCAUUGCGCUGCUCAUCGUGCCGUGGCCACUACUAAAGAUCCUCCCAUUCAAGUGGGCGCGGGUGGCGUGGGAGGCCAAGGAGAACUACGUGGGCUACAUGGACGAGUUCCUGCGCGACAAGAUCGACGAGGUGCGGUCGGGCGAGCGGGAGAAGGAGGGCAUGGACAUCAUGGGCCAGCUGGUGCGGGCCAAGUACGGCGGCAAGUCCGGGGACGGCAGCGGCAGCGAGCUAUCGGACAGCGACAUCACCGGCAACGCCUUCAUCAUCAUCGUGGCGGGCCACGAGACGACGGCGGGGACGCUGCACUUUGCGCUGCUCGAGCUGGCGGCGCACCCGCACGCGCAGCGCGCCCUGCAGGCCGAUGUGGACGCCCUGCUCGGCGCCGACACCGACCCGGCCGCGUGGGCCUACGAGCAGAACAUCGCCGCCCUGCUGGCCAGCCACCUGGGCGCCGCCAUGAACGAGACCAUGCGCCUCAUGCCCGCCGCCAUCGAGAUCCCCAAGCACGUGUCGCCCGGCCACGACCGCGUCGUCGCCGUCGCCGGCGCGGAGCACCUGCUCCCCGCGGGCCUGUCCAUCCUGCUCUGCGCCGCCUGCGUCCACCGCAGCCCGCGCUACUGGCCCACCCGCCCGAGCCGCGUCGUCCCCGGCGCGGCCGACGACGCCGAAGAUUUCGAGCCCGAGCGCUGGUUCCGGACGAUGGCGGGCGCCGCGGACGCGGCCGAGGCGGAGGCGGCGGCGGCGGAGGAUGGCGUGGACACGGAGAACUACGGCGGGUUCCAGGGCCCCGACACGAGCGCGUCGCUGUUCAGGCCCGCGCGGGGCGCGUUCAUACCCUUCAGCGACGGGCCGAGGUCGUGCCUGGGGCGGAGGAUCGCGCAGGUGGAGAUGCUGGCCACGCUGGCGGUGGUGUUCCAGAAGUACAGCGUCGAGCUGGCCGUGGACGACUGGGCGACCGACGCCGAGGUGGAGCGCAUGGGGCCCGGGGAGAGGAGGGCGCUGUACAGGAAGGCGCAGGACCGGUGUCGCGCCGUCAUCAAGUCGGCUACCUCCAUCCUGACGAUUAACCUGCAUGGAAAGGCGCAUGUGCCCGUACGGCUUGUCAGGAGAGGCGAGGAGCGUUAUGAUGGCCUCAGGAAGUCGGACCUCGAGCUCCAGCUCGACGACUACCUCUCCGAGAACUCGUCCCGCUUCUCCACCGACUCCAAGCUCGCCGGAUACUACAACAGCCGCGCCAGGAUGGCGGGAUCGCCCGUUAAGAAGGAGGCGCCCGAGGUCAAGGUUUCCAAGCGAAGGGCGACCAGAGCUGCCGACGAGAUUGCUACCCCCGACUGGCGGCGCCAUGCGCAGCCUUGCGCGCCCCGUAGUGGCACGAUUACCGCAGCCAAACGACGCGAUCUGGGUUGGUGGCUGACCAUCUGUACCAGCGACGAUGAGGAACCGUCGCGCGGAGCAUCGAGCGCGUUGGUUCGCACCCCCGGUCGCGCCCUCUCCCUGGCCAGCAGAAUCCCACUGCCAGCCACCCCCAACGAUGUCGCGGAAGCUGUCGAUCGCGGGACGCUAGCGGUGAGGGAGCGCGUCUCAUCCCUCUACCACGACUCAGGCAUCUCGGAAGGCACCCAGGCGGCGCGCACCGCGCUCUCCACCGUGAACACUAUUCUCUUGCUCAUCCACGGCUUCGAGCUGUUCUACCUGCGUCGCGAGGUCCUCCCCACCACAUACGCGUUCACCAUCCCGGCCAUCCCCUUGCUUGGCCUCGAUGACUAUCCCGUCCAUGUCUUGGACAUGUUCCUGCUCCUCAGCUCGAGCUUCUGGUCCCCUAUUUCGCUGUACAUGCUCACCAGCGUCGUCGUCCCGAGCCUGUUCGGCUACUUCUUCAACCUGAGCGCUGCGCACCAUAACCACCCCGCCCGUGGCCGACCUCGGGCUGGCCAGCCAGAUCAUGUCGUCGACCCGCUGACCUUCAGCAUCGUCAAGGGCGUCCUCACCUACGUCGUCUACAACCAGGGCGCCACUUUCUAUGGCUUGGUCAACGAGCAGUCGGUGGCGCGCAUCAACUCGGCCCUCUACGGCGGCUGGAAGGGAGUCAUUACUGGCUCUGCCAUCACGGGGCUCGUGGCCAUCUACGAUGCGGUCCUGAGAAAGUAG